AUAUAUUGUCACACGCUGUUCCGUUCACCGGGCCAUGUUUUCAUAUGGCGCUCAUCCCUAGAUAUAUGUAUAUCUCUAUGAAAAUGGCACACACAUUUAUGUAGUGCUAAAGCUUAUGUCAUUUGUGUAACAUGGCGUCCAACGAGAAUAGCAAUUUUCACAAAGUUUUGGAGUUUAAAAUUUACAAGUACUCCAGCUUCUGCUCGUCUUACGUGCCAGAAAAUAUCCUCGUAGAUGACCCAUUGGAUCAAACGUCACGUUGGUCUUCCGAUAUUGAGAAUCAUCCACAGUUUCUCAUAUUAAAAUUGCAAAGUCUCUCGAUCGUGAAAACAAUUACAUUUGGUAAAUAUAUGAAACCACAUGUGUGCAACAUAAAAAAGUUUAAAGUGUACGGUGGCCUAGAACCAGAAAAUAUGAUGGAGCUCUUAGAAAGUGGACUAAAAAAUGAUCAUCCACCAGAAACGUUUGAGUUGAAACACACACUAGGAAAUGAAGAGAAUUACUUUCCAAUUAGAUACAUUAAGAUUCUUCCAUUACAAUCUUGGGGUCCUAGUUUUAAUUUUUCUAUUUGGCAUGUACGAUUAAAUGGUAUAGACGAUCCUAAAAUUAUCAGGCCUUUCAUCAAAUGUUUCAAUGUGUAUCGCCAAAACGAAGUAAUAAGACUGUGUAUGAAACACUUCAGAAGACUUGAGCAACCAGAAAUUGUAGAAACUCUGCAAAGAGUUACUGGGGUUCCAUUAGAAGAUCCUAGAAUGACAGGGUUGUAUGAUUUAUUAGUUACAAAGGGUGAUCAUCUUCAAGCUGAACAUUUUAUAAGCAAUGCUGUUAUGAUGGGUCUUUUGAACGACUAUAUCAACGCUCAGACUUACAGAGCGGUUUGGACUAAAUUAUCAACAGUUGAGCCAAAGCCUGGAAUGAGAGGAGGUCAUCAAAUGGUGCUCGACCCAUCCGCAGAACUUGUUUAUCUGUUCGGUGGAUGGGAUGGGAACCAAGACCUCUCAGAUUUGUGGGCAUACAAUAUAGCUACAAAUAAGUGGACCAUUAUAUGCAAAGAUACCGAAACUGUGGGUGGUCCAAGCGCAAGAUCUUGUCAUAAAAUGUGCAUUGAUCCAGAACGUAGACAACUUUUUACCCUUGGCAGAUACUUAGAUGCACAAUAUAGAACACCAGAAAACUUGAAGAGUGAUUUUUUCGUUUAUGACAUUGAAUCGAACAAUUGGACAUUAAUAUCAGAGGACACGGGUGCAGUAGGAGGACCACAGUUAAUUUUUGAUCAUCAGAUGUCUAUGGAUAUUGAAAAGCGAACCAUUUAUAUUUUCGGUGGUCGAAGACUUGUUUCCCCGACAAAUUCUGAUGUUCAUGGGCUGGUACCAGGCAUGGCCGAACUAAUUUUUUCUGGACUGUAUUCCUAUCAUGUACCAACUGGCACAUGGAAUAGGCUUGCCUGCGAUAUUGCUAAGCCAUGUCUUCCUGACAUACCAACAAUCAAAUCGAGAGCUGGACAUUCUAUGCUGUUCCAUCCGGGAUCAAGGAAACUAUAUAUUUUCGCGGGUCAGAGGGGCAAAGAGUAUCUUAGCGACUUUUUCACAUACGAAAUUGAUACAAAUCACAUUGAGCACAUUAGCUUUGAUGAUUUUAGUACGAAUCACGUUCCCGCGGUUGGUUAUACGCAAAGAGCGACGAUCGAUCCCGAGUUGGGAGAAAUUUACAUUUUAUCGGGUUUAAGUAAAGACAAAGAUAAACGAGACGACAAUGUACAGCAUUCUUUUUGGAUUUACAAUAUUAAGAAUAAUAAGUGGUCUUGCAUUUAUCGAAACGAGAACGUUGGAGAGAAAUACUGGAACAAAAUGCAAGAUUACGAGCCAUGUCCACGAUUCGCUCAUCAAUUAGUCUACGAUCACGCGAAAAAGGUUCAUUACUUAUUUGGUGGAAAUCCUGGAAGGUCACGACUUCGAAACUUGCGACUCGAUGAUUUCUGGCAACUGAAACUAUGCAGGCUCUCUCACGAACAAAUUCUAAAGAGAUGCAAACUUCUCAUUAGGAAGUACAAGUUCGAAGAGCUAGCUUUGAACAACAGCGUCGAAGCACUCGAAUACCUACAGACGAAAGUGUCGGAGAUUAUCGAUCAUAACGAUGUGGAACAGACAAAAGAGUUUCAAUUGUUAACGUCUAUUCUAUUCAGAGAACAAAACUCCUUAAUAGGAGAAGCUACAAAUUCGAACAGUUCGGGCAGCAUGAUAGAAAAUUUAGUUAACACGGGUACGUCGUUGUACUGUCCAACCACGCGCGAUAUUCACACAUUAAGAACUGAAUUGUACGAUAAGCUGACAGAAUUCUUUCCGGAGUCGUUGACGCAACCGCGCGCUAAUUUGAUCGAUCUUUUACCGUUAUGAUCAAACAGUAAUUAAAAAUCCACUAGAGUAAUACCUGAGAAAAUAUAAAGCAAAGAGAUUCCUUUUUGUUUUUUCUUGUAAAGAUAUUUACUAUGAUAUUGAAACGUGAUUUUAUCUUUAAAAGGGAAACGUUAUUUUUAUAUAGUGUACUUGUUUGUAUCGUUUUAAAAAAGUAAGAAGAUUUACACACGCAAACGUAUACAUAUAUAAAUAUAAAUAUAUACAUAUAUUAAAUUUGAUUUCAUUCGCAUGAAGAUAGCUUACAAAAGAAGAUGAUACUAAUAUAUAUUAUAUACUUCAUUGUGAUACUUUUAAGUAACGAGUUAAUAGUUAAAUAUGUAAAUUUACGUCUUUUAUAUUGAGUUUUCGUUUACAUUUGAUUGUUCUAACAGCUCUCUUACCGUACGUAGAUUCGUCACGUCAAUUCCUAAUUUUUAUUUCAUAGAACGUGAUCAACAAGAAUUAUGUUUUACGCAUAUUAUGUGCUGUUAUAUCUCUACAAUUGAUUUUAUUUGUCAUCAACGAUAGUAUCAUUUUCAUUAUUUCUGUGAAUAAUAUCGCAUACUCUUGUCGAAAAAUACAAAUAUAAAUUGUUGUUACUGCUCUUGAAUGAAAGAAACGAAAGAACAAUUACAGAGAGACUAUUUUUUAAAAGCUCUUCGUUUGAUGCUGUAUAUAUUCGAAGGAAGGCUCCAUAGACUUUCAUGAAACGAAAACUCGUCAAAUGUAGAAGUAAGAAUGAGAAAGGACAAAUGCAACAGAUACGGGAUGUAUUAGAAAUCGUAUAUUCUUCUAUUUUGCUGGCUUCGCUCACUAUUUAAAAUAUUUUAUACACUUUACAUCAUACCGAGUAGUUAGAAUAUUAACCAUUCGUAUUCAAGUUGUAAGUCUAUCAUAAAUGCCUCGUGAGAAAUGUUAGAAAUUUAGCAAAAGAAAUCCUACAAUCGUAUACUUCCAUGACAAUGAUGUGAAAUUAUUUUCGAUCUUUCACCCUCCAACUCGCUGCGUACCCUAUGUACAAUGUUUCCUUUAACGAUCCUGGAAAGAAUUGUUCGCUUAUCAAAAUAUUUCUUCUUUCGAAACGAACAGUCUUCUCGUCGAACUUUUUCUCGUAUAUUAAAAAGAAGUUUACGUUAAAGAAAGCAUUGAACGCAUAAAUAUGUACACAAUUAUAUAUAGUUUUCAUUGUGAUAUAGUUUCAAUGUUACACUAACUAUGCAUCACUAUUUGAUCAUUCAUUGUCAUGGAAGAAAUAGAUAAUAGUAAUAAUUUUUCGCUUAUACGAUAGGGAUUUGUACAAAGAGCGACUCGUUCCGCAAGCUUGUUUUUACCAUCUUGUAUAUAUUCUAUGUAGGGACUGAUAGUUAAAGCCAUCAUUAUUGUUAACUCCUUUAUACCGUAAGCGUUAUUAACAACUUGAAUAUAGAUGUCGCUUUAUCGAUAGAUCUGUUGUAAGCAGUUACUUCUAGUUCCAUUGGCGGAAACACGAAAGCAGUGAGAGAAUGUAAUUAUUAUCGCGAAGUUUAUCGAGAGAGACCGUACGAGAUGUAUGGAAGCAAGUGCUUUGAGUGUGUCUUUGUAUAUAACUAUUUACGUGCAGAAAGAACGAAACGAUUGUACAAUUCGGUCAAUAGGAUAAGAUAGCGAAACUUUGUAAAGAAAAAUAUGAAAUGCAAACUAAGUAGGGCGUUAGGAGGAAAAGAAACGCGAAGAAUGCGUUGUUUCGACGCUAUAUUGAUCUUUCUCAGAUUUUCCAACGAGAAUGGCACCGAACAUUUUUUUGCGGUGGAGGGGGGUAAGAAAGGCUGUUAUACUUAUUGUUUGUUAAUCGAAUAGUUAAGCGCCGUUUAGGGAGUACGAGGUGCCACGAAAAAAGAGUUGUAAAACACUAUUGUUGUCAAGUUAAGAAGAAAUUCUAUAUGUGUACUUGGAAUAUAGGCACUUGGGUUACGUCGAAUUACAACUUGGGGAUGCUAGUGUUUCACCAGACUCUUUUUGUGGUCCAUUGUAGAUAAUGCGAGCGUCUUCGAUAUUUAUCAACCGCGUUUCGAAAACUGUUUCAUACACGAGAAGAGAGAAAGUUGCAAAUAAGUGACGUCACGUUGCGUACAUGUACAGCCAGAGAGAAACACUACUUCCACGAUAUUAUAUGUAUAUAAAUAUCAAAAUACUAAAUAUCAGAAUUAUCUCAGGAUCUUAUCUCAACAUUUUAUCACGAAAAUCUGCGAGAAUGUUCGAUAGAGUUGUAAAGACGUGAUGUUCGGAGUUCUAGUCAACUAAACGUGCGAUUAUGAGAGACCACGCCAUCGAGCUUCGGUCGAUGAGACGGCGAAUGCGCGAUUGAUAACGAUUUGAAAUUAUGAUGUACUGUAUACUUCCAUUCUAUUUGUACGAUCCCUUCGCUUCUAACAAACUGUUCUUUUAAUUGCUUGUAUAGAAUUAAGUUGCACCAAUACGUUUAAAAAACGAGAAAAAAUAUGUUACGUGAAUGUAGAUCCAAAAGUGCUCGAUACAAAUGCUCCACCAAGAAAAGUAUUAAACACGAGGAAUGCAAUAGUCUUACAAGAAAUCAAUCAUGACUGUCUACGUAAUAAUUGGAAUAAUAUCUUGCUUGGAAAUAAUUAAAAUCAUCUUAUUCUUAGGAUAUGCUUUAUAUAUUUACAUUUAACUUUUACAGCUGUAACUUCAGUUCCCUUUUGCAAAAAAUACGUCUGCAAUAAUAAUAAAAUUAUUUAUUAUUAUUGUAAAAAUUGUAUUACCAAAGAUGAUUUAAAGUUCAGUUAAGAACAUUAUAUAUAAAUAUGAAAAGCUUGUUCUAAGAUUGAAAUGAGUUUUAAUAACAUGAUUAUCUACUUUGUUUAUUAAUGAACUUUCAAGUGCGACUAUGAUUGAAUGGAAACUGUCCCUAGUAAAUAAAUAGGGAAUUGUUAGAAACUAGUAUACCAAAUAACAAACAAUACUCAACAAGAAUACUUUCAAUCUUUCAUCUGAAAUUGAGUUAUAAUAUUUCUAAUUUCAAAUUUUAUCCCUUUCUCCUUGCAAGUAUCCAAAACGUAAAUGAUGGAACAGUUUUGAUUGGUUUUAUUAUUUAACACCACGAAUUAUUUAUAAUCAAGUAAAAAUAUUGUUCCAAUUUUUUGUUAUAUUAGAUAUUCUUUCGACUUUUACCCGUUGAACGUAUUGGCGCAGUCUGAUAGUCUACCUUCGCAUCAUCAAUUGUUUUCCAAGCAACCAUCAUCUUUUUUUUUUUGUUCAUCAAUUGUAUCAUUGUAACAUUUGAACGUAAUUACGUUAAUCUUUUAUGUUCAAAUAUAAUCGUUUCGUUAACGUUGA